UGUCUAGGGAUUUCCCUCCGAAGGUCGAAGAGCGAGCUCGAAGGUCGCCGAUCUGUGCGUCGGAUUCCGAUUCAAGAACUUGAGACAAAUUCUGAUGCUUUAUCUCAAAGGGCAUAGUUUAUUCCUUGCACUUUGCAUUCUUGGCUUCAUCAUCUCAACUUUCAGCCACGGAAACAAGUUUGAUGGCAAAGUUUUGAAUGUUGGGGAGGAGCUGCAGAAGGAGAGUUUGCCUUUGCAAAUGGGUUCUCGCAUUUACCAACUGCAAGGGCUCAAACCACAUACUUGGUAUGAAGUGAAGAUAUCGUACCCAGCUUCUAUACCUUCCAGUUUUUCCUUGCAACUGAAGAAGGGGAAUGCAGACUCGGGGCCAAUGAUGAACAGAAGAUUACUGAACACGGAGAAGUUGAUUUUCAAGACUGAUAACCUUGACACCACGAAUGACCAGGGUGAAUUAUAUGUUCUUGUGACUGUGGAGCCUGAAGGUGUUGUUGCAAUACCAAACGUAAAAGAGAGGGAGUUUGUCAUCUUCAAUAUAGUUUGUGAUGAAUUACUCCUGGGAAUUCCACACAAAGCUUGGUGGGUUGUUCUCUGUGCCUUGAUCUGUUUGGGAUUAGCAUUCAACAUCCCACGUUUUCUUCCCUCAUUUCUUCUAACUAAUCAAAAUGUUUCCAAGGAUUCUUAAAACCUACACUUGGGUAACGCCAGUGUUUUCGUCAAGAGUCUCCCUCCCCAAAAAGUUGUAAUCGUUCAAAACAGACUCUUGAAGCCUGAAUUUUGGGUAAUUUGAUUACCAUCACUGCUGCUUCUUUUUAUUGGCAAUUUUGCUACCGUUUCCUGCUGCCUGUUCUGAACACUGGUUAGUUUGUCUGAACCCCUGUUUUCUUACCUUCUUAAAGAAAUUUAUGAAAUUUUA